CCAACUCCGCCCUGGUGACGUGGGAUCCCCAUCCCAGGAACCUGCCAGACGGCUUCGUGGUCAAUGUGACGCGAGGCCUGAGCACCCGGAGUCGCUUCCUACCCAAUGGGAAGCUGCGAACAUAUACCCUAAGAGAGCUUUCCCCAGGACAACACUACCACCUAGUCCUCAUGGCUGUUAGGAACACAGGACAGGAACAGAUUCACAGUGUACCACAACACCUGGCCUUCACCACAUUACCGAUGGAGGAGCGACGGGGAGGGAGGACGAGGGAGAGACCGUCUGUCGGGGGAACCCCUGUGAGUCAUACUCUAGCUCCGUCUGAACCUCACGACCAGGGGGUGACUGGAGGGAGAGAGCACUCUGAAGAGAUGCCCAGAUACACAGAACUGAUUGAUGGAAGGGGGAGGAUAACAGCUAAGUUCACGAGCCUGCCCAGAAAGGUCAUCAGACACCGCACUAAGCCUGAGCUUCCUAUUCAGUUCCAGAAGAUGGAGGAGACAACUAAUCAAAUCGGCCUUGCACUAGAGAGGAAGGAGGAAGAGGAGGGGCCUGAGUCGUCCCGGGACUGCCAGAGCCUGCCCUGCCUGAACGGGGGUACGUGUGAGAAGGGGAGCGACUCAUACAUCUGCAAUUGCGCAGCUGGGUUCAAGGGCAGGCAGUGUGAGCUGUUCUGCCAACGAGUGCCCCACCCGUGUACCCGCCUCUACUCUGAAACAAAGAGCAUGCCCGUCUGGGUGGGUGAAGUCUGCCAUUACCUGUGA